AGCUGACUCACCACCCUAUUAUAAAUACACAAAUGUCUCUAGCGGCAAUUAUAUGCUAGAUUCACAAACCGCUAAUAACCAAUCAUAAUCUCGAUCUCUUCUCUUUCAUCUUUAAUCUCGAAUCAUAAACAAAAGCUUCCUAAUUUAUAUUCUUUCUGUGUAUCUUCUUCUUGUUUCUCAAUUCUCAUCGUUAGAAUCGAAAAUGGGUCGAAUCAGUAUAGUGGCUUCUGAUCUGGUAUUGUCAUUUAUGUGGACAUGGGCAGGAGUUCUUGUCAACAUCUUAGUUCACGGAGUACUCGGAUUCAGCCGGAAAGAUACCACCGGCGAGAUCGUCCGGUAUCUAUUCUCCGUCGUCUCCAUGUUCGUCUUCGCUUUCCUUCAGAAACUCACCAAAGGCGGACUUUACAACCCUUUGACCGCUUUGGCUGCCGGUGUCACCGGUGGCUUCGGUAGUUUCAUCUUCACCGUCCUGGUUCGAAUCCCCGUUGAGGUGAUGGGAUCAAUCCUUGGGGUUAAACAUAUCAUUCAUGUUUUCCCAGAGAUUGGGAAAGGACCAAAACUAAAUGUAGCGAUCCAUCACGGUGCUUUAACCGAGGGGGUACUAACAUUCUUCAUUGUAAUGCUCUCAUUGGGACUAGCAAGAAAGAUCCCUGGAAGUUUCUUCAUGAAGACUUGGAUUGGUAGCAUUGCUAAAUUAAGUCUCCAUGUUCUUGGAGCUGAUCUAACCGGCGGAUGCAUGAAUCCAGCAGCGGUUAUGGGAUGGGCUUACGCACGAGGUGAACAUAUAACACAGGAGCAUUUACUUGUGUAUUGGCUUGGACCUAUCAAGGCGACAUUGCUUGCUGUUUGGUUCUUCAAUGUUGUGUUUAAGCCUCUCACCGAAGAACAAGAGAAACCUAAGGCUAAAUCUGAUUGAGUAAUAGAGUUUUAGCUCUCAUAUUCAAUCCUCUUCUCAUUAGUUUACCUUAAUGCGUUUAUGUAUGUAGCAAACUCAACUGUAACAAUCAGUUCAAUAAAACCUGCAGAGUAUUUUGGUUUA